AUGAAUCUUUCUGAUAAUUUUUCGAAUGCUAAGAGGAGGCUCUGGAGUUUGACUACCCGUUUUGAGAAAGAUCAGGCUCUCUUUCAGGAAAAUAAUGAAGUGUUUAGAGAACAGUUAAAAUCGGGUGUAAUUGAACCUAUUACUAUUGAGAAAGGGAUUUCGUCAGACCAUAUGUAUUACAUGCCUCAUCAUCCAGUUAUCAGAAGGGAUAAAGAGGAAUCGCGUGCAAAACUACGCAUUGUAUUCGAUGCAUCUUCUAAAGACAAAAAUUGUUAUUCAUUGAAUGAUAAUUUAGAGGCAGGUCCAAAUCUUAACCCUAAUUUGUUAAAUCUUCUUUUGCAGUUUCGCCAGAAUUUUAUUGGAAUUAUAGCAGAUAUUGAGAAAGCGUUUUUGCGCAUUUGUUUAAAUAAAAACGAUAGAGAUUGUCAGCGCUUUCUUUGGUUUGAUCAGAUGCCGCCAA